AUGAGUACCGAAACUAGCUCUUUUGAUGUUCUCAUCGUGGGCGGUGGCCCUGCUGGUCUUACAGCAGCUCUAACUCUUGCCCGUCAAGACCACACCUCAGUCAUUUUGGAUUCUAAGACCUACAGAAACGAUAGAGCUGGCUUCAUGCACUUAAUUCCUGGAUUCGAUCAUGUGGCCCCCUCCGAAUACCGCGACAAAGCCUUGUCAAACAUUCUCGCCAACUACCCACAAAUCACGAGCCGCGACGCGACCAUUGUCAAAGCCGAGGGCCUCACACCUGGAGGCUUUGCUCUCACAGAUGAAGCCGGCAAUAUCUGGUCCGGAAAGAAGCUCAUUUUGGCAAACGGGGUUGAAGACAUCUUCCCUGAUAUUGAAGGCUAUGCCCAGGCAUGGGGGACUGGAAUUUUCCAAUGUCUCUUCUGCAAAGGAUACGAAGAGAAGGGCGCUGAUUCAGUUGGAGUCCUUGCCAUCGGUGGCCUCUCCAGCGCGCCCUUUGCUCUCCAUGUCGCCCGACAGGCCGCUGCUUUUAGCAAAUCGAUCACCAUCUACACCAACGGCUCCGACGACCUGGUUAAGGAAGUAAAUACUGCCAUUGGAGAGACAAGCAAGUUUAAAGUUGAAAACCGCAAGGUUGCUUCUAUUUCAAAAGUAGAGCCCAACGCAUCUGUCUCUAUCAAGCUUGAAGAUGGCACUUCCCUGGUCGAGGGAUUCCUUGCGCACACACCCGAGACAAAGCCCCGAGGCUGCUUCGUGAAAGAUCUUGAAUUGGAACAGACUCCUAAGAACGACAUCAAAGCAGGUGCUCCUUUCUUCCAAAGCAAUAUCCCAGGUGUCUUUGCGGCGGGUGAUAGCUGUGGAAUGAUGAAGAACGUGCCAAAUGCAAUCUUCUCAGGCUCUUUGGCUGGAAUGGGAGCUUCGUUCCAACUUACUGCAGAAUCGCUUGGACAGAAAUCGUUGUUUGGGUAG